UAAGUACCCCCAAGCACCCCCCAAAUUGUGCAUAGAAAUAUCACAUAUUAUAAUAUCAUUGCGACGAUAUUGUGUAAUCGUCAUAAUAACAAUCGGACCUAUAAACACUCCUAAUAACGGCCAAACGGCGCAGUAGAAAACAGCUACACGACGUAUCAUAUUGUUAGCCUUAUAGUUUUGAAUUAAUUAUUAUCUGUUACGUUUAUGGUUCAUACCAUAUAUAUAUGAUAAUAUGGAGUAUUUGUAAAGAGACGGUGGAAAUAUUGACGUGCCGCGUACGAAUUAAUAAUAAUUAUAUAGUCAGUAGGCACUCAUGUUAUUAGCAUACAUCGAGUUAUAGUAAUAUGUAUAUGAUGUACUACAGACUGCUAUCGCAAUAAUUGUUUACAACAACACAUUCGAUGUGAGCUGAAGAUUUUCGAUUAGAAAUUUAUAUGCGAUAUUUUUGCGAUGGAAGGCGGUGAUAUUUUUAUACAAGAUUUCAUAAACGAUCUCCAGGAAUCUCCCGAGAGCCAAAUUCAAAAAUGUUUUCGUGGUUCUUGUAUCCUCAUUACCGGCGGAACGGGUUUUGUCGGGAAAGUCUUGAUUGAAAAACUGUUGAGAUCGUGUCGGGAUUUGAAUACAAUUUAUUUGGUCGUGAGGCCGAUGAACGGUCGAAAUCCGAACGAAAGGGUCAAAGAAAUGUUUAACAGCCCGUUUUUCGACCGCAUGAAAAUCGAAAAUCCCACGUACCGCAGCCAAGUGCAAGUGGUGAGGGGCGACUGUUUUCAGCCGAACAUUGGCGUGGACGAGGCUGUCUUGAACAGGAUCGCGUCCAAAAUAAAUGCCGUCAUACACCUAGCAGCGGCGACCACGACCGACAAUCACCCCUACUGCAUGUUGCACACGGCUGUCUGCACCAACGUCCGGGCCACCAGAGACUUGAUAGUCCUGGCAAAGCGUUUUCAAAAUCUCAAGGCCUUUGUAUACGUGUCGUCCGUGUUCGCCAACCCCUCGAUUUUGGACGUGUACGAACAAUUUUACAAUUCCCCGAUACCCACGUCCACCGUCAUCCAGAUGGCCGAAACCCUUCCCGAUUACAUCCUGAACCGAAUGACUUCGGGGCUCGUGUCCGGAUGGCCGGACGUGGUUACGUUUACCAAAGCGUUGUCGGAGCAGAUCAUUCAGUCGGCCGAACCAGAGCUACCCGCUUGUGUCAUACGACCAGGAUUUGUCUUGGGCACUGCUAACGAACCCAUAGCUGGAUGGACGAACGACUUGAACAACUUGACCGGUUGUGCGCUAGGUUCCGGUCUCGGCCUGGUACGGGUUUUUCACGGGCCCAGCUACGUUAACGCCGAAAUCGUACCCGUCGACAUGUUGGUCAAUCUUCUUCUGGUGGCAUGCUGGGAUUUAAUUAGAAAGAAGACGGACGUCGUCAACGAGGAAGUUCCCAAAGACGCAGAAAAUACUUUGAUUUACAAUUACGCUUCGUCUAAUUAUAAACCGUGCUCUUGGAAUCAGUUGGGAGAAACGUUUUUUAAGAACGAAAAAAACGUUUCAUCGCCAAACUUUUUUUGGAUGCCUUUUUAUUAUGUCACCAAUAGCAUAUUUAUCUAUUGGGUGAUGACAUUUUACUUACACACUGUGCCAGCCAAAGUUGUGGAUUUGUUCAUUUGGCUGAUAGGAAAAGAACCCAGACUGAACGAGUUCUAUAAACGAGUGCACGCAGCAGCUAAACAUUUGAGUUCGUAUCAACAAAUGCACGUCAGAUACCACAAUCACAACGUCAUAAAUUUAAUGAACAAAUUGUCGCCGAGGGACAAAAUAUUAUUUGAUUUCGACAUGAGCACGCUAUCGUGGGACGCCUAUUUCGAUAAGUACCUGAAGGGCCUUCGGGUAUAUUUGAUGGGAAAUCCUUUGCACAUGCCCGGACCAAAUAAUAAUACACUGAACAGGUUGAUAACCAUUCAUUACAAUUUUAUAAUAUCCAUAUGUGUCGUGAUUGUAAUGUACACUAUAUUUUUUUAUUGUUAAAUAAAUUCAUGUACACUGUACAUAUUAUAUAGUAUAUAAUAUUGUAUAGAUUAAAAUAUUGAAUAUUUCUAAAAGUAAAAAAAAGACGCAUUUUAACCGUUUUUACAUACAUCUAAACUAUAUUGAUUAUUGAUGUAUAACUGUGCAGGUAUAAUAUUAUAUUAUAUACCAUUUAUUAUAGUAUACAAUUGUAUAGCUUAAGCCUACACAAUUAUUAACUGAUGUUAACUGUUAUAGUUAUAAUAAUAUAUACUAUUAUACGUGUACAUAAUGUAAUGUAUACGCAAUAAUAUUAUGCUA